UUUCGUAAUUCCCUUUUUUAAUUAAACAUUUUCCCCCAAAUUAGAAUCUCAAACUUCUCCGGUGCGACGCAAUGGAGGCAGCAUCCACCUCCUCCGCCGGCGGCAACACUCACGCCGUCGUGAUAAAUGCUUUAACUAACCGAGGCUGGUGCUUCAGAGACGUAUCUUACCUGAAAUCUCUGGUCACUGAUAUCUACUCCUUGAUUGGCGGCGGUAAUCAAACAGGCGCGGUGGUGGACUCAGUGGAGGCCGAGCUGCUUAACAUGGAUAUUAGAUUAAUCGGAGGCAAGUCCCUCCCUGAUUCAACCGAGUUACGCAGGUGUUCUCAUCUUCAAGGCCCCAAAGUUCUACAGAUAAGUUCUGUUAGGGAUGUUACAAGAAGUAGCGCAGAGGAAUUCCUGGGAAGUUCAACUGCUAAACGAGUGUUUAAAUUCGUUCUGACUGAUGGGAAGACUGAGAUAUCUGCACUUGAGUACUCUCAUAUACCAUCGAUUAACAAUGAUGUGACUCCUGGUACUAAGGUCCGUUUAGAAAAUAAGGCUGUGAUACGUGACGGUCUAGUAUGUUUGACUCCAAAAGAGGUGACUUUAUUGGGCGGUAAUGUGCCAUCGCUCACUGAAGAAUGGCAGAUGAAGAAAAAAUAUGCUAGUUUGGCUCAUUCAUCUGGAAGGAAAUCUCAGGAAAGCAAAGCUGGUGAUGGUCCUCCUCCAUUUGAGGAGUUGAAGAUUCAAAAAGGUUCCCAUCACCGUGAUUACAACAAGACGACAUCAAGGAACAUCGUACCUACUGCUGCGGAAAGCAACGUAAAACUCGCCGGUGGAGAAAAAGUUGAAAGUAGUGAAGUUGGUGGGAACAAAAAAGGUACAGAUACGAAUUUACAAAGGAAACCUGCAGAUUCUGAUCCAAAAUCUGUCAAAGUUGAAAAUCAGGAAAAGCCAAGCAGUUCAGAUACAAGACCUAAACAAGUGGUAGAAGCUAUUCCUUUACAGAACCAAGCGGCUGCGCAGAUACUUCUUGAGAAAAUGAAAAAUUCGAGUUCAAAUGACCGGCAAUACCAAGGAAGAAGAGGUAGGGGUAGAGGUAGAGGUAGAGGGAGGGGGAGAGAAGAAGAAGACUCUGCAGUGCUUACACUGGAUGAGUGGGAAAAGAAGAAUACUGGCAGGGGAGGUCUUGCAACAGUUGACCGUCCUAGCAACACUACCCGCGAUGAAGAUCUUGCAAGGCAGCUUCAGUAUCAGUUUGAUCUAGAAGACUCUUAUGGGCAGGAGAUGGAUGGAACCGGGGCAGCGGAUAUCAGAAUGAAUAUGUUUGAUUACGGAAGACCAGAUGAUAGCUUUGGCCAUGGAAGGGGAAGAGGAGGAGGAAGAGGAAGAGGAAGAGGGCGAGGACAUAGGCGGGGACGAGGACGUGUGUAGAUUGUGUAAUGAAAUCAUCCAGGCUUGUGGUAAUUAAACCAAACUUCAUUAUCUACAUCUGUAUGUCUUUAUGUAUAAGUUAGAGUAAACAUGUAUUGAGAGCUGCAUUAUGGAUUCUUCGGAACUCAUGUAUGCUUUGGUCCUCACAGGUAUGACAGUCUGUAGAUGGUGAUUUUGAGUGUUUCAGAUAUUCGUGAGAAGUUUUGAAUUGAACA